AUGAGUACCAGUGGAAGUGCUUUACCCACAAUAGAGUGCUUAAUUUUGAGGACAAAAGAGUUUAGAUUAGAUUGUUUCCUCUCUUAUAUAUUGAUUUUAAUAAUUAAUAAUAUUUAUACAAAAAUGGGAAUUAGGUGGGGAAUUAUUGAAGAAGAAUGGAGAAAAGGUCCUUGGACAGUUGAAGAAGACAAAUUGCUCAUUGAAUAUGUCAAUUUGCAUGGUGAAGGCAGAUGGAAUUCUGUUGCUAGGCUUGCAGGAUUGAAAAGAAAUGGAAAAAGUUGUAGAUUGAGAUGGGUAAAUUACUUAAGGCCAGACCUUAAGAGGGGGCAAAUUACUCCAUAUGAAGAGAGGAUCAUUCUUGAACUUCAUGCUAUAUGGGGGAAUAGAUGGUCAACAAUUGCUAGAAGCUUGCCAGGGAGAACUGACAACGAAAUUAAAAACUAUUGGAGGACUAAUUUCAAAAAGAAGUUCAAGAAAUCAAGUACUGAAAAUUCUGAAAAAACAAAAGUCCAUUUUUUAAAAAGACAACAGUUUCAACAACAACAACUACUGAAUAGUCAAAUCGACAUGAAAAAGAUCAUGUCACUUUUUGAAGAAAAUGAGAAUAAAGUUCCAAGUCAUGUACCAAAGCAAGAAGACAUGACCAUUUUGUACCAAAACAACACAUUUCAAGAACAAGAGCAAGGUGGUUUCUUCUAUUCUAUGAUUAAUGGAUAUGCUAAUUAUGUGCCAGUGCCUGAUGCCUCAUCUAAUGAAGACAUCAUGUGGGAUAUUGGCUUGUGGAAUUUGGAUGAUUUUAAUGUCAAUCUUUAAUCAGAGU